AUGGCCGUCCAGCAGAAUCUCGGCGAGGGGUGUACCGUCCUGCACAUGCUCGGAAGCAAGGUCCUGACGUACAAGCUCAGAUACUCGCUGGUGUACUUCCCCGCAAUCACCGAGGAGGAGGGCAACUAUGGAUUGGGCGAGGCCAUUUUCGAGGACCAUACUCAGGCGGUCGAGGGGUGCCUCGAGUUCCGCAAGAACCAGCUCACCACCGGCAUGGACGCCGAGUAA